AUGCCGUUCUGGCGCUUAUUUCAAAGUAUCACCAAUAUACCCUCCUUACCAACAUCUUUCACCUUCGAACAUGCUUCCCACCAAGAAGGGCGUGAGGCGAAGAAAGAGAAGAUUGACGGGAUCGGUGAUCACGCUGCCCCGUUCGCUCAUUAUCUCGAGAAUGAGGCGGACUCAGAGAUUGAGCAUAAUUCCAUUGUAUAUGCAUGCCAUCGCAUAGUGCAUGGCGUAGACUAUUUCGACCCAGUCGUUAUCAACGAGGCUUACACUUCCAUUAGUCACAACGGGGCAGCACUUCCCGUCAUGCAGAUCUGCAUCAAGGCGUUGCCGAGGUCGAAGUCUAUUGCAUAUUUCGACACAUCUUUUCAUCGCCGGAGGUUGCUCGGAAGCGAGGGCUUAAGAAAUUCCACAGAAGGUACAUAUUCCCUGCUGUACGUGCACACGGGCAACUCAUGCCACUCAUCUGCCUGCGCGAUCCAAAACGGGUGCUUGGUGGACACUACCAUGGGCCUUACGCCUCUCACUGGAGCGACACGCAGCGGUGCAGUUGACGCUUCACUCGUGUUCCACCGCGCAGGGCGUGUCACGCACGAUCCAAGCGCAGCAAUUGACGUGCACAUUACCGAAGCAGAGUCCAUCCUCAAUACCGAAAGUGGCUGGCAUGCUCUAACGGAGACAGCAGACUUCGACGAGGUCGUCCUACGAAUGAAGGAGGCACGCGCACAGGGCGACGGACAUGUGCUGGAUGACUGGGAGGACGAUGCGAAGUGGAAACUAGCGUUCGACCUGUUUACGGAUCGGAUCACCGUUUCGGUAGGGGCGUACUUCGUCAGGCUUGGGGGGGAAGUGGAUGCACUGGUGUUCUCGGGUGGGAUCAGGGAGAAGAGUGCGGAGUUGAGAGAGGAGGUAGCGCGGAAUGCGGCGUGCUUGGGAUUCAAGCUUACAGACAUGCGAAUGAUAACGUCAGGGACAGGAACGCUGUGGACGGAGGAGCAGCUUGAGAUGGCGAAGGAAUGUGUCCUGGAAAAUGCAUUCUGGCAGUGA